GGCGGCGGCGGCGGCGGCGGCGCAGGUUUGGGUCACAAGUAGGAAGAAGCCGGAGCGCGACGCCGGCGGGGCGCAGCGGGGUCGCCGCCUCGGACCCGGAGCCGGAGCCGGAGCGAGGGGGGGCCCCGUCGCUGUCCGCCCUCCGGUCCUCGCCUGUCCGCGUCGGGGCCGGGGGCCGGAGUCGCGGAGGGGGAGCGGCGCGACCCUCCCUCCGCCGCCGCCGCCGCCUGCGCCCGGGGGUCGCGCCCGCCGCAGCCCCGCGGAGCAGCAGCAGCAGCAGCAGGAGGAGGAGGAGGAGGAGGAGGAGCAGCGGGAGGAGCCGGAGCGGGGCCAUGGGGCUGCUGUCCCAGGGCUCGCCGCUGAGCUGGGAGGAGACCCGGCGCCACGCCGACCACGUGCGACGCCACGGCAUCCUGCAGUUCCUGCACAUCUACCACGCCGUCAAGGACCGGCACCGGGACGUGCUCAAGUGGGGCGACGAGGUGGAAUACAUGUUAGUGUCUUUCGAUCAUGAAAAUAAAAAAGCCCAGUUGGUCCUGUCCGGAGAAGAACUUCUUGAAACUCUGCAAGAAAAGGGAGAAAGGACAAACCCAAACCAUCCUACCCUUUGGAGGCCCGAGUAUGGGAGUUACAUGAUUGAAGGGACACCUGGACAGCCGUACGGAGGGACGAUGUCUGAGUUCAAUACCGUUGAAGAUAACAUGAGGAAACGCCGGAAGGAGGCAACUUCUUUAUUAGAAGAAAACCAGGCUCUUUGUACGAUCACGUCAUUUCCAAGAUUAGGUUGUCCCGGGUUCACGCUGCCUGAGUUCAAACCCAACCCGGUGGAAGGAGGAGCUUCCAAGUCCCUCUUCUUUCCGGAUGAAGCAAUAAACAAGCACCCCCGCUUCAGCACCUUAACAAGAAAUAUUCGACACAGGAGAGGAGAAAAGGUUGUUAUCAACGUACCAAUAUUUAAGGACAAGAACACGCCAUCUCCAUUUACUGAGACAUUUCCCGAGGAUGAUGAAGCAGCGAGAGCUUCUAAGCCCGAUCAUAUCUACAUGGAUGCCAUGGGAUUUGGGAUGGGCAAUUGCUGCCUUCAGGUAACAUUCCAAGCUUGCAGCAUAUCCGAGGCCAGAUACCUGUACGAUCAGUUGGCCACUAUCUGUCCUAUUGUUAUGGCUUUGAGUGCCGCAUCUCCUUUCUACCGAGGCUAUGUGUCCGACAUUGAUUGCCGCUGGGGAGUGAUUUCUGCAUCUGUAGAUGACAGAACUCGGGAGGAGAGAGGACUGGAGCCGCUGAAGAAAAAUAAUUAUAGGAUCAGUAAAUCCCGUUAUGAUUCGAUAGACAGUUAUUUGUCAGUGUGUGGUGAGAAAUAUAAUGACAUUGAUCUGACCAUCGACAAAGAAAUUUACCAACAACUGUUGCAAGAAGGCAUCGAUCAUCUGCUGGCCCAGCAUGUGGCUCACCUCUUUAUUCGAGACCCACUGACGCUGUUUGAAGAGAAAAUAAACCUGGAUGAUGCCAAUGAGUCUGACCAUUUUGAGAAUAUCCAGUCCACAAAUUGGCAGACCAUGAGAUUCAAGCCCCCUCCUCCAAACUCAGACAUUGGCUGGAGAGUGGAAUUCCGACCCAUGGAGGUUCAGCUGACAGACUUUGAGAACUCGGCCUAUGUAGUGUUUGUGGUCCUGCUUACCAGAGUGAUCCUUUCAUACAAAUUGGAUUUCCUCAUUCCGUUGUCGAAGGUCGAUGAAAACAUGAAAGUAGCCCAGAAACGGGAUGCCGUCCUGCAGGGCAUGUUCUAUUUCCGGAAGGAUAUUUGCAAAGGUGGCAACGCCGUGGUGGACGGCCGUGGCAAGGGCCAGAACAGCACCGAGCAGGCCGUGGAGGAGUACACCCUCAUGAGCAUAGACACCAUCAUCAACGGGAAGGAAGGCGUGUUUCCCGGGCUCAUCCCGAUUCUCAACUCUUACCUGGAGAACAUGGAAGUGGACGUGGACACCAGAUGUAGUAUUCUCAACUACCUAAAGUUAAUUAAGAAGAGAGCAUCCGGAGAACUGAUGACAGUUGCCAGGUGGAUGAGGGAGUUCAUUGCCAGCCAUCCCAGCUACAAGCAAGACAGUGUAAUAACGGACGAAAUGAACUAUAGCCUUCUUUUGAAGUGCAAUCAGAUCGCCAACGAAUUAUGUGAAUGCCCAGAGUUGCUCGGACCAGCAUUUCGGAAAGCGAAGUACAGCGGAAGUAAAACCGACUCUUCCAACUAAAUGCCCUGCGGGAGGAACAGUGCGUGGAUGUCGAGGAGUGCAGUGCCGCUCUGCAGGACUUAACUCAGCCCGUGUACACGGUGUGAAGACCAAACAGCACUGUCUCCCAGGUCAGCGGGCCAGGCAUGGACUCCCAGGCUUCCUUUCAUAGGCGAAUUUAGCGUUUAUACACUGUACAUGUACAUAGGAAAGUAUUUUUAUGAUUAACAAGGUAUUUUAAUAACACUGUAUCUAAAAGUCAUUGCGAACCGGCUUGUACAUUUUCCAGUUCCCAACUCUGGGGCAGCUGCCGCCUGAGCAAUUUUGUAAAUGUCGUGUACCAGUACUUGUACUGCACCUGCAUUCCGGAGUUUGAAAUGUUUACUGUACAUUUUCUCGAAGAGACUUUUCGUCUAGGACCUGAUUCACUGAAAUUCGGAAAGUUUUGUCUCGUGACUUUUCUUUGAGUCCUCUCCUUUGUUGAAGACGCGACAUCUCCCACUGAAUCCACUGAAGUGCUUCCUGGGUCAUCUUACCACGUUCUUCUUCUGUAAUCAGAAUCGUUGACGCCACUGGGUCACUCGGGGUCAGCUGGGGCUCUCACCACGAAAUAAGGAAGACCUGCUGAACUGGUUGCUUUCCUGGUUUGGAUUUGCUGAUUCAGACAUUUCAAGACGGCUCUGUAGAAAAGGAGAGGCUCUCACCCUGGCUUCACUCGCAGUGAUGAUUGGCGGUGACUUUUUUUUUUUUAAGGGCACAAGAGGAAGAAUCUUUUUCUUCAUGUCCACGCCAAGAGUAUUGAUAGAAAUGGCUCUUCGUUCUUUUGAUUCCACCUGUUUAUUCUGAUUCUACUGCAUACUGAAAUUUUCAAAUCACAUGCAGUUGCUGAAGAGUUUUGUUCAUUUUUUUUUCAGUUUCCAUUAAGCACAUUGGCCGUCUUCUAAAAGCCACUCACUUUAGAUUUUUACCUGAGAAAGAAUUCUACAGCUGCUCCCCCUCUCUCUGAAACUCAUAAAUAAUAAAAUGCGUAAUUAAAUCAUGAUAAAUGCACUAAGCUUUGUGAAUCAGGAUCCUGAAUGUUAAAUUGUAAAUAAUUUUACAUAAUUGUUAGCUUUUUGUUGACAUUUAACCCACCCCCCCAGCUAAAAGUCUUCAAUAACUAUGUAUAUUAGAUUAAACAAACCUUUGCAGGUAUGGAUAUUUAAAUUGUAAUGCUAAUUUCAUGUUGGACAAAAGCUGCGCCAGCUUGUUCCUGCAUAAACACGUAGGGCUCUGUCACACACACGCAUUUCAAAGGAUUAAAAGGAACGCCUGUUUUCCAUUUGCAGUUUGCUUGUGUAAAUCGGGUGGUUAAAGGUUAUGAGGAAAUAAAUAUGAAAUUAGCAUUCUGAAAACUC